AUGGAGCUGGGCUUGAGUUUGUCGCCCGAGCAGCCUUCGGAUAGCGAAGAGCCUUGGCGGUUGCUUCAGGGGCAUACGAAUACCAACACACGUAAGCCAACGAAGGAGACUGUGCUUUCAAACCGGUAUUCGAAACGGGUCAAGGUCAACCUGGUUACAUUGUGGUCUACUGUCGCUUUCCUUGCGGGAGUUUCCUUGCUAUUUUUUUCAUUCUGUUGUAGUGUCCGAAGGAUCCAUAGCGGCGGAACAGUGCGCAAACUUGCAGAUCAUGAUGCCGGAGAAGAAUCUAGUGUUGGGGGAAACCCUCAUUUCCUUGAGGACGAGUGGAUUCCUCUCGAAGCGGAUGAGCUCGCGGCGCUGUGUGCUCAAUUGGGGGAGUGGGAACCGUCACCGGCCCCUCAUAGUGAUUCAACCCCUUCGACGAGUACGCCGGAGGUAGCUUCAACGUCUAGCAGACAUGGUGAAGAGUAUAUCUUGCAAAGCAUGCUGACGCCGAGCAAUGUGUCUGGGGUGUCGUCAAGUGAACAACAGCAGCAUUCGGUCGGAUUCAAACAUUAUAGGGGCAAACGGAUUUCGAAGGAAGACGUUGAUGCAUUGGGGCAGGUACCUAACAAGUUUGGCAGGCGUGCGUAUGAUGGCGCUUUAGAUACAGGCGCCGAAGUUCGGAGUAGUCCUGUGCAACAACUGGGGAAGACUGCUCAACAAACAGCAGCGACCUUCACGGAUUUCAGACUUUUGGGGCAUCAAGAAGCACCCAUAGCAUUUAUUCAUCAGAGGGAACCUGCAUCUUCGGUGACGGGUCGCGACGGUGCCCAGCAAGUGCAGCUCGCGACACCACCGGUAUUACGGCCGUCACCAACUAGCCCUUCAGAAAGAUCUCUUGUCCCAUUUGCAGGGAACGCCAUUCCCAAUGUAGAGUUCAUCUCAGAUUCCAUACGAGCGCCUGCGUCCCAGAGCGUAUUGGUGCCUGGAGGACAAAGUGGGUCAUUGGCCUUAGCGGAAUCUCCUCCACAACGACCUAACGAAACCUCAACACGAUUAGCACGGAUCCGGAUUUUGGUACGGCCAGAAAGUCCAAGCACCUCAAGCGACAAGCAUCCUUUUGUUCGGAUGCCUACCUUACUGCCGCACGUGAGAAUCGCGGACAUAGAUGACAGUAUUCAGGACGGGCGUAUCACAGAUGUGCCCAUAUCUACCACCCUACGGCAUGUCAGGAACUUGUUUCAAGGACGGGCGAUCGGCCUUGCAGAGGCAAAUGAAGUGGUGCGAGCCGCUAUCAAAUUGGCCCGACGAGCUCUGUCAUAUAUGACGACUUCGCUUGAUAAGCUCUCGGCGUCUGGGGCUGUAGAUGCUUUAGGACGUCGGUUCCUGGUUUUCGAUGCAUUUCAUAAAGUUCUGAAGCUUACAGGAAACAGUAAACCCCGUUUGAGGCGAUUAUGGCUGGCUCUUGUUACGAGAGUUCCAACGAUGUAUGAUCCGCUUCCCCGGGGUAUGUCUAAUGAGAGGCAUAAGUUCCUGCACGACUUGGCGCGACAGCUAUGCGCAGCACUGGCAUUGUACAAGACUGGGUCUUCGCCCUCAGAUGCAGAAAUACUUGAUAUCAAACGCAAAUUGUUUUGCAUGGAGCUCUCCCCCAAGGGCUUCCUUCAACAGUCUUGGGAUAUAUGGAGGCUUGAUGACACUAACUUUACAGGCUCUUCGUGA